AUGAUGUGGAAAACCCACAAAAAGAUCCCCUCCCUCCUCCACCUGUCAUUGAAUCAAAAAACUGUUAUGAAGUUCCCUUACCCUGGUGCCCUAACUGCUUUACAAUACUUCACAAGUGCAUCCGGUGUAUUCCUUUUCGGGUCCCUCAACUUUCUCCAACAUGACCGAUUAGACCUUCAAACAAUGUGGCGUUUCCUUCCAGCUGCCAUUAUAUUCUAUCUUUCCCUCUUCACAAACAGUGAACUCCUCCUUCAUGCAAAUGUUGACACCUUCAUUGUAUUUCGUUCAGCAGUUCCCAUCUUUGUUGCCAUUGGAGAAACCCUUUACCUCCACCAACCAUGGCCUUCACUCAAGACAUGGCUUUCACUUUCCACCAUUUUUGCAGGGAGUCUACUUUAUGUCAUCACAGAUUACCAAUUUACCCUCAUGGCAUAUAGCUGGGCUUUAGCAUAUCUUAUAAGCAUGUCGAUAGAUUUUGUCUACAUAAAACAUGUGGUGAUGACAAUCGGUUUGAACACAUGGGGUCUUGUUCUUUACAAUAAUCUUGAAGCUUUGUUACUUUUCCCAUUGGAGUUGUUAAUAAUGGGGGAAUUGAAGAAGAUAAAACAUGAAAUCAAAGAGGAGACAGAUUGGGCAAUUUCGGCAACGGGUUUUACUGUUCUUGGGAUUGUGAAUAAGCUUUUAACUGUGGUGAUUAAUUUGAUGAUUUGGGAUAAACAUUCGAGUUUGAUUGGGACAAUUGGGCUUUUGAUUUGUAUGUUUGGUGGGGUUAUGUAUCAACAGUCUACUAGCAAAAACCCUAAUUCCAAAACUUCUUCUGAUGUUAAACAAGUUGUUGUACAAGAAGAAGAUGAGCAACAAAAAUUGCUUGAAAUGCAAAAUGUCACGACUUCAGAGGAAGCAAAAUGA